ACUAGUUUAGAAAGGGAAAAAUAUAUUUAUUACAUCAAAUCAUUGAAUCCUUACCAUUUGGAAACAACGACAUUAUCUCACAAACGACAGCUAUACACACACAUACACGUACAUACAUUCAUUAUAUAUAUAUAUACAUACAAAAUCUCCAUUUACAAAGAUACAAAGUUCAAUCAAUGGACACCAUUGCCGGCCUCUACAAUAUUAUUCACCCUCCAUUUGUGAAUCCCACGAUUUUCCAAAUCCUCCCAUAACCCACAUUCUUCCUAUCCCCCAAUUAUCAAUUUCUAUUAUAUUAAAAAUUAAUUUUUUCGAUCGAUUAUCGAUCGACGAUGUCUCCCGUCUUUCUCCUCUUCCUCCUCCUAUCUCCGCUCUCUGCCGCCGCACCCGACGCCGACUACGCCGCGUCGCUAAUCAAAUUCAAAUCUUCGCUACUCAAUGCUUCGGCGCUCGACGAUUGGCGACUUCCCGUCGACCGUCUCUGCUCGUGGAACACUCCCAAAUGGACUGGCUGCUUGUGCGCCAACGACUCGUUUGUCGGCCUCCGCCUUGAAAAUUUAGGCCUCGGCGGGACCCUCGACCUCGGCGCGAUCGCCGACGUGCCGAUCCUCAGCCUUAGUGUGAUGAACAAUAACUUCACCGGGACGUUCCCCGGCGGCCUAAACAAGCUCGCGAAGCUCCGGAGCCUUUUCUUGGCCAAUAAUAGCUUCGACGGAGAAAUCCCGGAAAAUGGGUUCGACGGGAUGAAGGGGAUGAGGAAAGUCGUUUUGGCGGCGAAUAAGUUUUCCGGCAGGAUUCCGUUGUCGUUGCUCGGCUUGCCGAGACUCGUGGAGCUGCAGCUUCAAGAUAAUCGAUUUUCCGGUAGGAUACCAGACUUUUGGCAGUCGGAUUUGACCGUUAAUUUUUCGAAUAAUAAGCUCGAGGGCGCCAUACCGUCUACUCUUGCGGAUGUUAAUACGACGUCGUUUUUAGGAAACGGAAACUUGUGCGGGAAGCCGUUAUCUCCGUGCAAAGAAUCCCGGUCGCGACACAAAACGGCGUUCAUCGUUGCCGCGACGCUAGGGAUUGCAUUGGCGUUCUUCGUAAUACUCAUCCUCCUCGUUCGCCGUAGGCAUUCGAAACCUCUAAAGUACGAAAAAUCAAUCGAUAGCUUCGAAGUUGACGAGAAGGCGGCGGCGGGAGCGAACAAAAAAAUGGAACACGGCAAGCUACAUUUUGUGAGGAACGAUCGGGAACGGUUCGACUUGGAGGAGCUACUAAGGGCCUCGGCUGAGGUCCUUGGGAGUGGGAGCUUCGGGUCGUCUUAUAAGGCCGCGCUUUUUAGCGGACAAGAGUAUGUUGUCAAGAGGUUCAAACAUAUGAGUAGCGUCAGGAAAGGGGAGUUUUACGAGCACAUGAGGCGGCUCGGGCGGCUAUCCCACCGGAAUUUGUUGCCGCUUGUCGCGUUUUAUUAUCGCAGGGAAGAGAAGCUUCUCAUCACCGAUUUCGUCGGGAAUGGGAGCUUGGCGAGUCAUUUACACGGCAAAAAAAGCCCGAACCAACCGGUGCUCGACUGGCCAAUGCGGCUAAAGAUCAUCAAAGGCGUCGCGAGAGGAUUAGCCUAUCUAUACAAAGAACUCCCGACGCUCACUCUGCCACACGGCCAUCUUAAGUCAUCGAAUGUUUUACUGGACGCUAACUACGAGCCCAUUUUAGCCGACUACGCGUUAGUGCCCGUGAUCAACAAAGAUCACGCACACCAAUACAUGGCGGCCUACAAAUCCCCCGAGUCGACACAAGCCACUCGAUUGACGAGAAAAACGGACGUGUGGAGCCUCGGGAUCCUAAUCCUCGAGCUACUCACGGGACGUUUUCCGGCGAACUAUCUCAAGAAAGGUCGGGGGCCGAGCUCCGAUUUGGACACGUGGGUCAAAUCCGUUGUGAGAGAGGAGUGGACGGGCGAGGUGUUCGAUAAGGACAUGAACAUUCCGCGCCAUUUCGAGGGGCAAAUGUUGCAAUUGCUGAAAAUCGGGAUGUGCUGUUGCGAGUGGAACGUCGAUCGGAGGUGCGAUUUGCGAGAGGCCGUCGAACGGAUCGAGGAGUUGAAGGAACGGGAGAGCGACGGCGAUUACUCGUCGUAUAUGAGCGACGGCGACGCGUAUUCUUCGGUGACGAUGACCGAAGAAGGCUUCUCGGUAUCGAAGGCGCUUUGAAAAGGGCGGGAAAUUAAAUUUGAAAUUAUUUUCGUAUUAUAUUUAAUACGUAUUUAUCAACAAUAUAUAUAGAUAUUUUUCGUAUAUUCAUUAAUUAUCAUGUAUUAAUAAGGACGUCCGGAAGAAAUUACU